UCUGUUAAAAUUAGCGUAAGUUUUAGAGUCCUUUUGUUUAUGCCGUGCGUUGGUUCUACCAAAGCAGUCAACAACGCCUCCAAAAAAUCGAAGAAUCUUAGAGAGUCUGUGAGGCAGUGUUUCGAUGGAUUUUCAAGUGGUGGUUUUAGCAGGAGGCACCUCUAAGAACCUCGUUCCUCUUGUCUCCAAGGAGGUUCCCAAGGCGCUUCUUCCUGUGGCCAACCGCCCCGUUCUCUCCUAUGUUUUGGAGCUUUUGGAACUCAGUAAUCUUAAGGAUCUCAUUGUUGUGGUCGAAGGGGAAGAUGCGGCUCUUCGUGUUGGUGGUUGGAUUUCGGGCGCUUAUGUGGACCGUUUACAUGUUGAGGUUGCCGCAGUCCCCGAGGAUGUUGGAACAGCUGGUGCACUUAGGGCUAUUUCACACCAUCUUACAGCAAAAGACAUAUUGGUUGUAAGUGGAGAUAUUGUUUCUGAUGUUCCCCCUGGUGCAGUUGCUGCUGCUCAUAGACGUCAUGAUGCUGUAGUAACUGCAAUGCUUUGCUCUGCUCCUGUCAGUGGACCUUUGGAGUCAGGAUCCUCUAGUGGGAAGGACAAAAGCAAGAAACCUGGACGCUAUAAUAUUAUUGGGCUAGACCCCACAAAGCAGUUUUUACUCUACAUAGCAACAGGAGGGGAACUUGAGAAAGAUAUAAGAAUUCAGAAGAGCAUACUCCGUGCAGUUGGACAGAUGGAAAUUCAGUCUGAUCUUAUGGAUGCUCAUUUAUAUGCGUUCAAGAGGUCUGUUCUGCAGGAAGUUCUAGAUCAAAAGGAGACAUUUCACAGUGUAAAGCAAGAUGUAUUGCCCUAUCUUGUCCGAAGUCAGCUGAAGUCAGAAGUUCUAUUAAAUGGUACACUACAACCAGAAGAAAAUGGAAAUGAGAAGGUUAGCUCCCAGAACAACCAACUAAUGCUGUCUCGAAUUCUAUCUAAUGCAUCCACACCAAGCUUUCAUCAACUCUAUGCAUCUGGUUCUAAUGGCUUUGCUUCUGUUCGAAGAACCCAUAAAUGCUGUGUUUAUAUUGCUAACAGCAGCAACUACUGUGCACGAUUAAAUUCCAUUCAAGCAUUCAGUGACAUUAAUAGAGAUGUCAUAGGAGAGGCUAGAAAUCUGUCAGGGUAUUCAUUCUCUACCCAAAAUAACAUUAUUCAUCCUUCAGCAGAGCUUGGAUCUAAAACAACUGUGGGACCACAUUGUAUGCUGGGCGAAGGUUCACAAAUGGGUGAUAAGUGCAGCGUCAAACGAUCAGUAAUUGGCCGUCACUGUCGAAUAGGUUCUAAUGUAAAGGUUGUUAAUUCUGUUGUUAUGAAUCAUGUUACAAUUGGGGAUGGUUGUUCAAUUCAAGGAUCAGUAAUUUGCAGCAAUGUACAGCUCCAGGAGCGCGUUGUAUUAAAAGACUGCCAGGUCGGUGCUGGCUUUGUGGUCACUGCUGGCAGUGAGUGCAAAGGGGAGGCAUUGGCUAGGAAAGAGAAGUAACAGUGGGAAGAAUAACAAAAAUGGCAAGCUCAUAUCUUCCUCAUGCUCAACAAUAUUAAUGCUCGGAGCAAAUUUUCUCGUGACCGCUGGCAAAUGAGCACAGGGUGAUAUUCAUGGCAAGAUCUGACAAAGCUGGUCACAAUGAAUGUAUUUUUAGCGAAUAUUAGCUGUUUUAUUGUUAUUCUGUUUCUUCUUUUUUUUUUUCUUUUUUUCUUUUUUUUCCUUGAAAUUAUUGCUCUCAGUUGUAUCUGGUUGAGUCUAUGUAAACUGUUAGAAGGGAUUGGAAACAGAAAGCCUCAGUUUUGUCAAACAAUUCCAUGUCUACUAUGAUUCACGAUGUGUUGAGUAGAAAACCAUUCUCAUUCUUAAGGAAUCUUGUUUGGUUCCUGUGAAAAAUUCCA